AUGGCCCAAGUUCAAAGCCCCCCGAUGCAAGAAGCGUCUCAGCCUCGACAGAUUCCAGAGCGAAGAGCUCUGCAAAUACCCCUGCCUGACGCAACCACACUACCUCCUCCAUCCGCCAGUCGAAUACGCAACUCGCAUCUCAACCUGGAUACCUUUUCUCCGGUCAACCAAAAUGGCAGCUUCGAAUUCGACCGUGUACUCAAGAGUGGAUACGUCCAGAAGAGAACGCGCAAAACGAAGGCAUGGAAACCAAUCUUUCUUGUCCUUCGACCCAACUCUCUCUCCAUAUACAAAGAUCAAAACGAAGACAAACUGAGACACAAGAUCAUCCUGUCGGAUCUCACUGCCGUUGCGUUUCUAAAGGACCCCAAGCAAAAACGACAAAAUGUUUUUGGGCUAUUCUCACCCUCACGAAACUACCACCUCGAGGCGAGAUCAAGAAAGGAUGCUGAAGAAUGGGUUGACCUCAUACGGACGGAGGCGCGAAUUGAAGAGGAAGAAGAGGAGAUGCUUCUCGCGAGUCCAGGAGGCACUGUCACAGGAUCAUAUGGUGGUUUCGAGCGGGCUAUGCAAGAGCACAACGAGCAAAGGCGAUUACACGAUGAAAGAGUAGGCUCCAGUUCUCCAGAACCCAGCGAUCCUAUACCUCGAACACCACGAACCAAAGCCCUAGGCCUCACCGCUGCAAGAAGACCCUCACACACGAUCGAGUACUCUGGAAACGAGCUCGCAUCACAUUCAGACAUGUCAGAAACAGACAUUACGAGAGCGCGGCGAGAAUCCAGAGUUUCGAUUCCUGAAGAGCCUCUGGCUGUUCAACCACCGGACACGCGACCAAUUGUGGGUGCCCGAAAUGUGAGCCAAAUGAGCGGAUUCAAUGCCGAGCAAGACCCUGAGAGGGUAGUCUGGCAAGGGUACCUCCUAUACCUAUCCUCUAAAGGCGGAGUCCGCCGUUGGAAAGACCUCUGGGUCGUUCUUCGACCCAAGAACAUCGCCCUAUAUAAGAACGACUCGGAAUACUCACCCAUACUCAUAAUUUCGCUAUCCUCCGUCAUCAACGCCGUUGAAAUCGACCCUCUCUCCAAAACCAAGGUGCACUGUUUGCAAAUAAUUACUGAAGAGAAGAGCUACAAGUUCUGCGCCCAUAAUGAGGAUACCUUGGAUAAGUCGCUGGGCGCAUUCAAGAGCUUGUUAGCGAAGAGGAAAGAGCAAGAGGGGAAAAGUGCUAGGCGGUGA